AUGGCGCCAACAACGGAGCUUGAGGAUGUUUCAUUGCCCUUAGGGAACAAGAUCAAUGAUAUAGCAAUAAUAAUAAUCAAUCUAACUGAAACGGAAGAACAACCUUGGAAUCUGUCAGAUUGGACCAACAGUUCUUUGAUGAGAGACAGUGAAGUGUACACUUAUUUACAAUACACAGUAAAAACGAUAGUUCUGGGGGCCAUAAUUCUUAUGACUGUUUUUGGAAACUUGUUAGUUUUAAUUGCUGUUGGAGUCACGUCCAAUCUUCGUAGUACGACUAAUAUUUUUAUUGUAAAUCUUGCUAUAGCUGAUCUUCUGCUUGGGUUCUUUGUGUUACCUUUCUCUGCGUACUUGGAAAUUCAUGGUAAGAUUUGGAUCUUUGGUGAAAUGUUUUGCACUAUAUGGGCUGCGCUCGAUGUCCUUUGUUGCACUGCUUCAAUAAUCAGUCUUUGCGUCAUCAGUGUUGAUCGCUACGUGGGCGUAACCCGCCCGCUAGCUUACUCCAAUAUCGUAACUCACUCUCGAGCUUGUUUUGCUUGUCUAGCUGUGUGGUUGGUCUCAAUGGCGAUAUGUAUAGGUCCCUUGUUUGGUUGGAAGAGUUCCACUAAAACUCCGAAUGUUUGUGAAGUCAACAAACAGCUUGGGUAUGUGCUCUUUUCGGUCACUUUCUCGUUUUACUUACCAAGUUUUGUCAUAUUUCUCGUAUAUUUCCGAAUCUACAAAGCUGCUGUCAAGCAGACCAAGUUUUUGGAAACUGGCGUCAAAGUAGUCAAGUCCGCUGGACACGAGACCACCAAGGAAUUGACCUUGAGAGUUCAUGCUGGAGCCCACCAUGUACUAUCUUCUGCUGCUCGAAACGGACCUUAUUCAGAUAAGACCAGUAUCAAGAUGACUAUGGCAAACUUGCAAGGACGUCUGGCUAAAUUCAAAAGACAGAAGAAGGCUGCUAAGACUCUAGGCAUUGUUGUAGGAGUGUUCAUAUUAUGCUGGUUCCCGUUUUUCUUCAUUCUACCUCUUGGAACCCUGUGUCGCCAAUGCUACAUUCCCGAGUUAUUGUUCGACGUCUUCUUCUGGACAGGAUACUGUAACAGCUGCUUGAACCCCAUCAUCUACGCCUGUUCCAGCCGCGACUUCAAGAGAGCGUUCCUUUCGUUGCUGCACUGCGCUGGGCUGGGCUCCGACCGCGACCUGCAGUCCUUCCGUGCUCGUACCAUCAACUUCACUCUGCGCAGUACCCGUCGCGCCCCUCCGGGAGACAAGAAAGAGACGUCGGCCGGCGGGCCAGAGAAGAUGACCUUCGACGUGACGAAGUUGCCACCCCUGAUCCAGCCCCAGUACUCUCUGGACAGCGAGAGUCCAGGCAGCCUGAACGAGAACAACGGGGAAGAAGACGAGCUGCCCCCUUCCUACCAGAGCAUUGCGGCCCCGACCAUCGCCGAGGCCAUCAAGAGAGUCAACUCCGUGAUUCGAGCCGGAUCCGGCACCGACACCGACUGCACCGUCAUUGGAUCGUCCGAGUGA